UGCUUCAGUCAGGAGGAGGGGAGCGGGGGGAGAGGCCAGGGGAAGGGAUAUCUCCGGGGCUGUUCUUCUUUUUCUGUUUUUUUCCCCCUUCUCCCCCAUAUCUAGGAAUGGGGUGAAUCUAAGGGAUUGGCGUUUCUAAGAGGAAAUGAGAAACAUGCAUUAGGCGCCUUGUUGUCAUUUUUUUCUACUAUUCUCCGCUUCCAAAGAAUGUGUUUCAUGACAUCAAACAUGGAAGACGUUUCUUAGAACCUCCUUUUGAGGUGGAUGUUGAGCUUAAGCGACCUCUUUUACCUCAGCGCCUCCCCAGUAUUGAAGAGAAGUGGAGCAUUAUUCUAUCCUGUGAAGAAAUGGAGGGACCUUCGGCGCCACAAGAACAAGGAGACUGGUCCCUUUUCACCGUCAAGCAUGAGCUGAGGAACGCUAAUUUGACAGGCCAUGUAGAGAAGGUUGGGAUUGAAAACUUUGAGCUUUUGAAGGUUCUUGGGACAGGAGCUUAUGGAAAGGUAUUUCUAGUAAGGAAAAUAAGUGGUCAUAAUUCUGGCAAGUUGUACGCUAUGAAGGUAUUGAAAAAAGCAACAAUAAUUCAAAAAGCAAAAACAACUGAACAUACAAAGACAGAACGACAAGUACUAGAACACAUUCGACAGUCUCCAUUUUUGGUCACUUUGCAUUAUGCUUUCCAGACAGACACAAAGCUUCAUCUCAUUUUGGAUUACAUAAAUGGUGGAGAACUUUUUACCCAUCUUUCACAAAGAGAGAAAUUUACUGAAGAUGAGGUGCGAAUAUACAUUGGGGAAAUUGUAUUGGCUCUUGAACACCUACAUAAGUUAGGAAUUAUCUAUCGUGAUAUAAAACUUGAGAACAUUCUUCUUGAUUCUGAUGGUCAUGUGGUACUGACUGACUUUGGCUUGAGUAAGGAGUUUGUUGGUGAUGAGAAUAAGAGAGCAUAUUCCUUCUGUGGAACAAUAGAAUACAUGGCUCCAGAUAUUGUCAAAGGAGGGGAGACAGGACACGAUAAAGCUGUUGAUUGGUGGAGUCUGGGUGUUCUUACAUAUGAAUUAUUGACUGGAGCCUCACCGUUUACAGUUGAUGGAGAAAGAAAUUCACAAACCGAUAUAUCUAGGAGAAUAUUAAAAAGUGAACCUCCAUAUCCUCAAGAAAUUACAAAUUUAGCUAAAGAUUUUAUUCAGUGUCUUCUGAUAAAAGAUCCGAAGAAGAGACUGGGCUGUGGACAAGGUGGUGCUGAUGAAGUCAAACAACAUCCCUUUUUCCAGACAAUAAAUUGGAAUGACUUGGCUGCCAAAAAAGUUACGGCUCCAUUUAAACCAAUAAUACGUGAUGAAUUAGACGUUAGUAACUUUGCAGAGGAGUUUACAGAAAUGGACCCAACAUAUUCUCCAGCGACCACCCCACAGGCUGCAGACAAGCUUUUUCAGGGAUAUUCCUUUGUUGCCCCUUCUAUUUUAUUCAAACGCAAUGCAGCUACUAUGGAUCCUGUUCACUUUUUGACAGAGUUUGAUCGACCUGGAGUUACAAGUAUUGCCAGAAGUGCAAUGAUGAAGGAUUCUGCAUUUUAUCUUCACUAUGAACUGGAUCUGAAAGAAAAGCCACUUGGGGAAGGAAGUUUCUCCAUAUGUCGAAAAUGCAUGCACAAGAAAACUAGCCAAGAAUAUGCAGUAAAAAUAAUUAGCAAAAGGCUUGAAACAAAUACUCAGAGAGAAAUAACAGCAUUAAAACUCUGCGAAGGACAUCCAAAUAUUGUGAAGCUGCAUGAAGUUUAUCAUGAUCAGCUUCACACAUUUGUAGUAAUGGAACUACUGAAAGGGGGUGAAUUACUUGAACGCAUUCAGAAAAAGAAACACUUCAGUGAAACCGAAGCUAGUUACAUCAUGCGAAGACUUGUUUCAGCAGUUAGCCAUAUGCAUGAUGUAGGAGUUGUCCACAGAGACUUGAAACCUGAGAACCUAUUGUUCACAGAUGAAAGUGAUAAUUCAGAAAUAAAAAUAAUUGAUUUUGGAUUUGCCCGGUUAAAACCACCUGACAACCAGCCUCUUAAGACUCCAUGCUUUACCUUGCAUUAUGCUGCUCCAGAGCUCUUGAAUCAUAGUGGUUAUGAUGAAUCGUGUGACCUCUGGAGUUUGGGAGUCAUUUUGUAUACAAUGCUCUCAGGACAAGUGCCCUUCCAAUCUCAAGAUAAAAAUAUAACCUGCACAAGUGCAUUGGAAAUCAUGAAGAAUAUUAAACGAGGGGAAUUUUCUUUUGAAGGGGAUGCUUGGAAGAAUGUUUCUCAGGAAGCCAAAGAUUUGAUUAAAGGACUUCUUACAGUGGAUCCAAAUAAGAGAAUUAAAAUGACGAGUCUGAGAUACAAUGAAUGGCUUCAAGAUGGUAGCCAGCUGUCAUCCAACCCAUUAAUGACUCCGGACAAUUUAGGAUCUUCAGGAGCUGCUGUCCACACCUAUGUCAAAGCAACCUUUAAUGCCUUUAACAAGUACAAAAGAGAAGGAUUUUGUCUCCAGAAUGUGGACAAGGCACCUCUUGCAAAAAGAAGAAAAAUGAAAAAGACAAGCACAAGUACAGAGACUCGCAGCAGUUCUAGUGAAAGUUCUCAUUCUUCUUCCUCUCAUUCGCAUGGUAAAACUACCCCUACAAAGACACUGCAGCCAGCAAAUCCCACAGACAGCAAUAAUCCAGAGGGAAUCUUCCAGUUUUCUGACUGAUGAAUCAAAGAUAAUUGCCUUGUUGAGGUAUAAUUAAAUGGGUAUAAACUUACUGCAAUGUGAGCACCUUUGAACAUAGUCCCUGUUUCAGUUGUGUCUCACAAUGGUAUGUUAAAAUUCUUGAAUCAAAGUUCAAAAAAGUGUUUUAGAAAAGGUUUCUGUAAAUUGUUUUUAAGACGCCUCAAACGCUUAAUCAAGUGGGUAAUGCUGCACAUGGAAGCAGAGCUUCUUUGUCCUCACACAAAUUGAUCUUUUUAUAGUUAUAGAGAAAACUCGUAACAGGGAGAAGUAUAGAUGAAGGGGAAAUUACCGCUUGAUGAUUGAACCUAUCUGAGAGGUGAACCCUUGAAUUGAUUAAAAGGAACAGAAGAAAGUAUAGCCUUUUUACUUUGAAAUUCACUGAAUUGGGGUGGGAGUUGUGCACAGAGAAGUUACCCAGAACUUCCCAUGUAUACUUUUGUUGAAGAACAAGACCUAUUUGUGUGAGGGCACAGAUGGUCAUUUAAAGAACCACAGUUACAGACCAGCUACCUGUUCUUUCUCAUUGUACACUGAGGAAACAGAGCCUACUGAACUCUCAGAAAUCUAUUUACUAGUAAUAGCAGCCUGGGGAGCAUCGAGAUCUCUAAAUCAUGGCUGCUUUUCUUUGAAAAUUUCUCAUCUUUAGAAAGAGAGGCAAAAUAUAUGGGCUAAAAUGAAAAAUCUAUGCUUCCAUGUAUGUAGCAGUGAUUUUCCUUGUGCCACAUCCAAAGACUUCAGCAUGUGGAAUGGAUACAAAAGUUUUGGCAAAAGACAUAUGCAACAGUUCAGUAUGCAGAACUGUAUAAUUUCUUCUACAUUUUGGCUCCUCUCUCUUUUCUAGCUUCAAAGACUGUUUGAUGGUUUUAGUACCAUUGCAGAAUUGAUAUGCUUACUUGAUUUGCUGUGUGAGCAUUCAGUACUAAAACCACGUGCUAAGGUUUUUUGAACAAAUAUUUAUAUUUAUCUUUAUGCCUAGUUUUGAAAUAUAAAAAUGAGUUUUCUUAUAUAAGACUUCUAUAUUCCUGUUUGAUCAUAUGGGUCCAAAAGUUAAGCAUGCUGUGAUACAUGUGACAGUUUAUGCUCUGGUGGUAGCAUACAAUUCAGAGUUUUUUAAUUCUACAUAAAACACCUGCAUGGUUUAGGAUACUUGUAAUUGCAUUUGAUGAGCUGCAGAAAAAUGUGAGCAUCUUAGAGAGGCUGUAUAACUUGCUCUAGCAGUUUUCGUUAAGAAUUAUGAGUUUAUUGCACCAUGCAGCCAUAAAAUAUUAAAGGUUUUGCUUUCCUGUCAUGAUUUCCAUACCUAUAUGCAAUACUCUUUGAAUUUUGACCCCUUUCAAGUUGGGGUAUCUUCUAACUUUCAACAAUUUAUGCACUGGGAAACCUAUAAAGGGAUUUGUUAUCAAACACUGUGCUUCACAACUAUACACUGUGUUUCUCUACAGCAAGUUAUUUCUUGUUGUAGUUGUGAUAAAGGAUGUUUUUAAUGAUGAAUUGUGAGGCAUAAUCGUCAGUAUGUGCAGAGCUUCUGUGCUACUAUCUUGCAAAAAUUUCUUGAAGGUCCUAUUGUGCACUCAGUGGGACAAUCUACAUAAAGUUAAGCUUGUACAUAGUUGUGUGCAUGUUCCAGGUUCACCCAGCAGAUUUUACAAACAACCUGCUGCAUUGUAAAAUAACCUCCUAUGCAAAACAAUAAUUGAUACAUGUAUAUAUAGAAACUGUAUUUCUAUAAAUGAGUUGUCUAACAUUGCUGCAUCUCUCACCAGCGUUUUGAGAAAUCUAGAGCAGGCUUGUCUAUGGAAAUGGAUGGAAAGACCACAUUAUUCUGUGUAACUGUAUUAUUAUGGACAACAUUGUCAGUCAGCUCGAGAUAACACAUACCGGUGGUCCAAGAUAUAUUUACUGUGUGGUCUUUCAGGUUAUUAGCAUUGUUUUGUCUUGUUUUUGUUUAGGAAAAUUGGUUCUGUUAUAGAAGUUUGCAAUCAGACAUCAAAUGUAUGAUCCUAUUCAUGUUUACUCAGAUAUAAUUUCUUCUGGGUUCAGUGAAGCCUAACUGUCUUGCAAGGAUACAUAGGAUUUCUAUUUGAAUUGUUUUUACCCUGAAGUUGGGAAUGACUUAAAAUUUUAAAAUUCUAACGAGCUUUUUCACAUUUGGGAUUGUUCCCGUAAUUCAAGAUAACAUGCAGCACAUAAUUAACACUGUUUGUCCACCAGAUGUGCCUUGGCUUCCACACUGUGUUUAGGGACCUAACUUAUUCAUGAAAUGUGUAAGUAUAGACAGGACAGAAGCUGGCAUUUAUUUAUUUAUUUGGCAGAUUAAAUGGAAACUCGUAAGAACAUUUCUGUUAUGAUCCUCUCAUGGGAGAAAUGUUUCCCUUUUGAGUUUGGGGGUUUCCCAAUUCUGCAAAUUACUUGGUCAGUAAUUUUGUGAAUGAUUACUUGCAGAUAGACCCUCAUUGAACUCUAUGGGAUUUACCCUUAGGAGAAGUAUAACAUUGUGCUUCUAAUCUGAUAUUUCUACAUCACAGCUUACAGGCAGAUGGAAAUUGUACUGAGAUUUGUACUAUUUACAUUAUCCUAAUAUUUUAAUAUUGAUAGCACAAGCAACUCAAGAUGGCUCAUUUUAAACAUAUGAUACUAUGCCAGUAUUUAAUUCAGUUUUACUUGCUGAAUCACUCUUAGUGAAUAUGACUUACAUAGUGAACCAUUUUCUUUCUGAUAAAUAUGCAGAUAACGUCAGGGACCAUAUGCAAGUAAAUGUUCAGUGAAUUACACACAAAUAUCUUGCUAUUCUUUCCCAAUUUUCUAUUUCACUGUGAAGAUUGCAUAAAUUAUAUUUUAAAAUAAAAAUUGCAGUGGUUCAUUAGAUUACAUUAGAAACCAUGAACUCUGCUUUAAAUUUAUAAGUAGAUUAAUGCAUUUAAAUAUCAAGUCCAUUUUGAGAAAUGGAAGUGACUGGUGUUUUAUAUAAGAGCUUCAUUAAAAUAUUGAUAAAAUGCACACAGUAAUAUAUCAGUAUACUGUUUCUCAGGAAAAGGGAAUUCUAAUUUUUAUUUCCAUAGUUCUUUUGCAUAGGCAGCUAUCAUGAAAGCUCACUGAGCUUUUUCAUCUUUUUUUUAACCACUGUGGAAAAAAUUCAAUGUUAGCAUGAGUGCAUAUUCAAAAAUACUUUUGCUGACUUUACAAUGUUGAAUUUUAAUAAUAUACAAUUUUCUGACAUAUAUAGGUAUAAUAUCUUACCUAGAGAAAUUGGUGGUGAUUAGAAAUUCAAUGAUACAUAUGCAGUUGAAAAGGUUAGGCCUUUGGAGGACAUGACUAAAAUCUCUAGCUACUAUUGCCAGUUAUGCUCAAUCUGGAAGUUGUACUCCAAAAAAGAAACUUUUUUUCAAAGAUGGUGUUACUUCCAAUAGCUUCAUUUAUUAAACAAGUAGUUUCUUACUGUUCUACAAACAGUAGAAGAGUAGGGGUGGCAUGUUUCUUAUUUCCUAAUCCCCUUGUUUAAUGUUUUGUCUUGUUUGUACCAGGACAGAGCAGCAUGGGAUUUUUGGACAUUAAUUACCUCUUCUUUGCAGUGUGUUACUCCUGGGGACAGACCUGUUGGCAGUUCCUUUCUGUGGUUGUCUAAGGAUUAACACAUUUUAAAGGAAUCAGGGAAAAGGCGUGCUUAGGAUAUGCAUUAUUUUGCUAUAAAAUGCAAUUUUCCAAGCCCUGUACCAAAGUGAGAUGAUACAUUUUGGUAGUUUUGAUCUGUACAUAAUAUCCUAUUCAGAGCCAAAAAUGUGCUACCACCUAUAAUUCAUUUUUCCAUUUUUAAAAUUUGGUACCUUUUGGAAACUAAUUCCACAAUUGUUUGGAAUGCUUUAAAUUUCAGCUUAAUGUACUAAGGUGCCAAUAUUCAGUCUGCAUUAUACUCACAAAAUUAGAGGGUCUGAAGUGACAUGGCAGCAGUGUAACUCUCCAUGCUGUUUGAUCUCCAGUUCAUUCCUUACUAGAUUAAUAGAAUCAUAGAGUUGGGAGAGACCCCAAGGGCCACCCAAUCCAACCCCCUGCCAUGCAGGAACACAAAAUCAAAGCACUCCCAAAAGAUGGCCAUUUAACCUUUGCAUAAAAACCUCCAGAGAAGGAGACUCCACCACAUUCUGAGGGAGAAUAUUCUACUGCUGAACAACUUUUACCAUCAGGAGGUUCUUCCUAAUGUUUAGGCGGAAUCUCUUUUCCUGCAGUUUUAAUCCAUUGCUCCAUAUCCUAGCUUUCAGAGCAGCAGAAAAGAAGCUUGCCCCCUCCUCAGUGUGACAGCCUUUCAAAUAUUUAAACAUGACUAUAAUAUCUCCUUUCAGCCUUCUCUUCUCUAAGCUAAAAUGCCCAGCUGCUCCUUGUAGUGCUUGGUUUCCAAACCUUUGAUCAUUUUGGUCGCCCUUCUCUGGAUACUUUCCAGCUUUUCAAUAUCCUCCUUGGAUUGUGGUGCAAGAACUGGACAUGGUGUUAUUCCAGGUGAAGUCUGACCAAAGCAGAAUAGAGUAGAAAUAGAUUGUGCUUGAGUUGCAUAGAAAUGGACCAAUAUAUAUAUCAUGUCUAUUGUAUCAGUAAAAUAAAGGUAAGUUUAAUAACUUACUUGAAGGAAGUUGCUGAAUCGUGGCAUGUAAAUGGAAAAAUCUGUCUUAACUAUACUUUGUAACAAUACAAGGUAGGUAAUCUUAGUGAGGACUGAAUAAGAUUCCCAAAUUUCAAUAUUUGUUAUGAUUAGUUUGUUUGGGAGCUCUAUCAUAACUAAAUGUAAAUUUAACUUUUUUCCCCAAAAAAUCUUAGGUAUCUUCAAAGGUGCUAGUACUGUUGGGCUGUGGAAUGUAAAAGACUUGUGUCAUUGGUUUUGUGUGUGCCUGUGUGUGUGUGUGUGUGUGUGUGCUUUUAUUGGUUAUCUGUGUUCAAGUUCUUAGUAUUAUAAGUGGAUGUCCAAAUCCUGUGCAGUUAAUUUAAUAAUUUCAAUUGAACUGAUAUUAGUGGAUUUAUUUACUUCUGAAGCUGGACUGCAUGGAAGUUUGUCUGUACAACCCAGUGUUUUCUCUGUCCAUACUGGCAGCUUUUUGAUAUAAGGCAAGGGCUUUCCCUAAAACUAUUACAUGAGAUGCUUUUAACUGAGCUGAAAUGUGCACUUUGCUAAGUAAGUGUGGUUUUAGAUAAGGAAUUAGUAAACUGGGACACUAAUAUAUAUUUUACAAUAAGAUGACAAUGUUUUAGGUUUCUUUAUUUUAAUCUUUUGAUCUUUUGUCAAAGUGUAAUUGAAACAUAUCAUAUGGUACACAUUAAAUAUACACACGAAUUAGAUUCUGAACAUCACCAGAUUAUGUCAUGCAUUCUUUUAAUAACAAUACAUAUUUUAAAGAUCUAAUGCACAAGAAUUAAAUGUCCAUGAAUUAAGUGUUCAAAUAUUGUAAACAUUUCAAACAUUUGAAGAUUAGAUCUUAUAAGUGAUUAUACAGUAGAGUCUCACUUAUCCAACAUAAACGGGCCGGCAGAAUGUUGGAUAAGCGAAUAUUUUGGAUAGUAAGGAGGGCUUAAGGAAAUGCCUAUUAAAGAUCGAAUUAGGUUAUGAUUUUACAAAUUAAGCGCCAAAACAUCAUGUUAUACAACAAAUUUGACAGAAAAGGUAGUUCAAUAUGCAGUAAUGCUAUGUAGUAAUUACUGUAUUUACAAAUUUAUUACCAAAAUAUCAUGAUGUAUUGAAAACACUGACUACAAAAAUGUGUUGGAUAAGCGAGUGUUGGAUAAGUGAGUGUUGGAUAAGUGAGACUCUACUGUACUUAUAUUAAAGGUAUAAAAUGAGAGUUAUAUAUUGGUAUGAAGUGAAACACAUUUAUAUAUUACAGUAUAAGCUGAACCUAGAUUGGGGCACUGUAUCUGGGCUAGAAGAAGGCGACUUACUCACCCCUCCAGAGCAUCCCUGUAAAAAUGUUACACAGAGGAUUGGGUCAGACUGAUGAAUGGCAUGAGUUGUAUCGAGAGCUAGGGAAGGGAGGUAUUUCUGAAAUUAUUUGGAGGCACUUCAUAAGUUUUAUGAAGUGUCUCUAAAAGGAGAAAGAAGAUACUAGGUCUGACCAAUUAGACAUUCAUAGAUAGUUUUUUAAAAAAAAUAGAAAUGACUCUUACGUCUUCAGAAAAUAGAAGUAGACUGAAUAAUGCAGUUCAGUUUCUCUGAGCACAUAUGUUAGCCCACAUGGGUGAAUUGUAUAUCCAUUCAGGUUAAUCAGUGUUUUGUAACAUGAACACUUUGGUUUUACAUAAGAUAUUAUUUAUUUAGUACAUCCCUAGAAUAAGAAUUAAAAUGAAAUGAUAGGUGCAAUAACAGAGACCUUGUGUUUUAGGUUUUCAUUUAUUUUAAAAGAGCACAAAGAAGUAAUGAUUUGACACUUCUAAAUGUUUUAUUUUUAUAUGUGUAAUCUUGGGCACAAUUUUAUUGAGUAGUCUUAAAUAGAAACUGAUUUUAAACAUUAUAAAAUGAUAUUAUUCUUAAAUAUUUCUUUCCUCGAAUAGUUCCUUCUAUAAUGUUAUUAGUUCUUUAUUAUUGAGGCAUCCAUCACUAGCAGGAAAGGAAACCCAGGCCACAGAAAAUAAAAUGGACCUUUCCUCACACUCUUCUUAUGUGUGGCCAAAACCAGCUCUGGAGACUCCGUACUCCCUUUUUGGUGGUGAUAGUGGCGUAGAUAUCUAUAAGGUGAAAGCCCCAGCACAGCAUUCGAUUUUUAGUCCUAAGAUGGUUAUAACAUUAGCUAGAGGUCCUCCAACCAUGUUAUGAUACUAAAGCCUAUUUGUGUUUUUCUAAAUUUCUGGGAGAUGGUGUAUUUCAUAUAUGCAUAUCUAAUUGUUAUCUAUAGUUGACACCAACAAGAUAUUCUGUUGGGUAUUAUGAUAGUAUAAUGAACAGCAUAACAUGAUGGUGAGCUAAACUUCUGAUACAAUGGCACUAUAUGAUCUUGUUAAAAUGCAUAGAGUAUUAGUUGGCUCUAACAUAUGAACAUCAUGAGUUCCAAAUUCUAGGGGGAAAGGGAAUUAAUGUAGAUUCUUUCUGGACUGCUCCAUCAUCAGUGUGUUCUUUAAUACUACAGUGUGUUCUUUAAUAGCUGCCCCUAGCCCUAGGGGAGUGGUGGCAUAUAAGUUUGAAUAAUUAAUAAAUAAAUAAAUAAAUAAAUAAAUAAAUAAAUAGAAAUAGCAGAUUGACUUGAUGAGAAAUAGCUGAAUGGAGCCUGCAUUGUGGUAAUUUUUUUCUGAUGGGUCCAGAGAGCAAACGCAAGGGGAAAAUCUAGAAUACCUUUAAGCAACAUAAUCUGCUAUUGGAGAAGGAAAGUGAGCCAUUUCCUUUCUAUUUAUCGGGUGACAUGCAUCAGUCUUUUGUGUUUGCAUAUCUUGAAUCUAGAAACAGACAAAUAUUGUAAUUCAGUGCGAUGUUUCAUAAACAUUAAUUAGGUAUUACUAGGCUAUUUGAUUUCCAUGAAGAGCUUACAUCUGGAUUGUGUUUAAGGUAAUGACAUACAUAAACUACAUUCCUUUCUUUCCAGUUAGCCUCCCAAGUGAGUCAGAACAUAGGAACAUAGAAUAAUUAAUUCAGCGGGUGGAUUCAUCUCACCAUCUGUAUGUAGAAGUGAAUUUGAAUCUCAGAUUUAUUGUAUUCUUAGCUACUUGAGGAUAACUGAUAUGAUUGCAUCUUUGCAACAUAGCAGAAAUGAGUUGGCAGCUGCCAGGUUUGGAAGGCCACACCAGCCUACCUGUAGGAUUCUAGAGGGCUGCAUCCCUGUUUUUGCUUCACCAUAAAAUUCAUCCCUGUAUUUUUUUAGUGAUUGGGAAAAAAUGAUCUUAUCCUAUAAAAAUAUGUCAUCCUCCCCACACUGAAUGAAUGGUGUAAGGCUCUGAGUUUUGGAUCAUGAAGUCCCAUUAGAUGCAUUUUGGCAAUUUACAACAUCUUUCAGCUCAGAAGGAGGCAAUGCAAAAUCACAUCUUGACAAAUCUUGCCAAGAAAACCCCAUGAUACAAUCAUCUUAGGUUCACUGUAAGUUGGAAACUACAUGAAGACACACCACAACAGCAACCCAGUUAAUGGUCCUCCAAUUCAGCAAAAUGACUAGGAGCACCUACUGAGGCUUACGGGUGCUAUUAGACAUUUAAGGGGUUGAACAAAAAACAAUGGUCAUUUUAAAGGUAUGCCAGAGCCCCCAGAAACAUUGACAUUUGCUCCCCUCCUGAUCUAGUGAUAAAGUGGGAAAAUACUCGGAAAUUGCAUUGUGAGAUUGAUCCUUUUGCUUUGUGCAAGGAAAACUAUUCUUGAAAUUGUAACUUGAUCAAAUACAUUCUUUGAGUCAUUUUCAGUGAGCUUGUUUUGUAUGUUUUGACAUUCCACUGAUACUUUUAAUGUGCAUUUCCUUUGUAUGUGCUAUCUUUCUGUUGGUGAAGUUCUUAAUGAUAUAUAACAUUUCAGAAAAUAGAAGAUAGUAUAUUCGUAUAUGUUUUAAAAAUAUGCAAAAUUUGUACCAUGAUAGAUUUUUAAUUUUAAUUAUUAGUUUACUGAUUGUUGCUGCAUAAAGAAAUAUUUUUUUCUUUCAAUGCAAAUUAUAUAUAUAUAUAUAUAUAUAUAUAUAUAUAUAUAUAUAUAUAUAUAUAAAAUAAAAUAAAAUAAAAUAAAGGCUUUUAUUCAAGCUUUUCCCCAAAAUGUAAUAUUUGUAUGGUUUAUAUACAAACAGUAAUAAUUAAAUAAUAGCAGGAUUGUUUCAUUCUAGCUGGGCUAGAACUUUAUUGUUAACUUAUUGUGUAAUGUGGAAUAUAGGCUUCUUUAGAAUUACUUUUAUGAAAGAGAAUCGUAUGUAUAUUUUCCCUUGUCCCCUUCCCUGGCUGCUGUGUGUGCAUUUGUAGGUGCAUUAAUUUUUCAUGGAUUCUUUAUUGUUACAGUGCAACACUGCCAUUUACCAGUUCCUAAAUAUAGAAAGUAAGGGAUUUUGUAUUAUUUACUUACAACGGUCAACUUUGGCAGAUAUUUAUGUAAACGUAAUAAAGAUGCAUGCUUACUACAUGUCUUCUGAUUUGCUUGUUGUUUACGUAGCAAGUUUUUAAUAAGUUGUAUCAACUUUGGCAAGAAAGAAAGUUGAAAUUUGCAUUUGUUCAAACAUAUCUUAAGUCUUGGAGUGUGCUGAAAUGUUUUUGUGUCUGGGUUUAAAUUUUAAAAGCGACAAGGGCUUAUAUCGCGUAUAUGUUCAAGUAUGUUUGUUCUAUCUUCAGAAAAUAAACUUACCAUACGUAUGUACAAA